UUUCAGUCGGCACUGUCUGGACAGUGCAGUAGUCACUCCCAAUAGACAAUAGUAAAAAUUUGUUUGUUUUUAGGGUAAAUGAAAUUAUACUCCUCGAAUUGCCCUGUGGUGCAUUAUUCGUUCAAAUAAGUUUCCCAAAACUGAAAACAUAUUAAAAAGUUACAUUUUGUUUAACAUUUCAGCACAAGGAUUAUAAUCUCUUAUCGAUUCGCCGUGAGACAUAACCUCAAACAUCAAACUUUGGAAAACCGAAAAAUGGCAUUUUAUUUAAACGAAAAUGUUUAUACGCACACUUUUACACCCCGAGAAUAUCAAGUGGAAUUGCUGGAAUCCGCCAAAAGAAGAAAUACUAUUAUGUGUUCCAGUACAAGUUCAUCUAAGGCUUUUAUUGUGGUGAAACUUUUGCAGGAGUUUUCAUGGCAAAUGCGUUCUCCGCCCUUCAAGAAGGCUUUGCUUAUUUUGGACCUACAAAAUGUUCCUGUGUUAGCUUCUCAUGUAGAGUACCUCACAGAUUUAAAAGUGCUUUGUUUAGAUGAUGAGAGUCAAUACACUGAGAAGCUCUUUGAAGACAAUCAGGUUAUUGUUACCACAGCAGAAAUAUGUACUGGCCAAACCCCAUUGUUGAACCUUGAAAAGUAUAAUUUACUUGUUAUUGAUGAUUGUCUUUAUGGCAACAAACAAAAUAAAAUUCAAAAAAUCAUCAGUUUACAUAAAACUCUUGCUGAUGAAAAUAAGCCUAGGAUACUAGGUUUGACAACAGGAUUAUUAGGCACUAAUUUGCAAUCUGACAGAUUAGAAGCAGAGCUUAGACGUCUAGAAAAACUUUUGAACUCUCAGGUUGACACUUCCAGUGAAAUAAUUACAUUAAUUCGCCUUUCAUGCCAUCCUAAAGAAUACUUGAUAAGCUGUCCAAAAGUAAUACCCAGCACUUUACAAGAAAAUUUGAUACACUUAAUUGAAUCCUGUAAAUCAUUUAUACAUGAAAACAGGUUUGAUCCUGGUGAAAUAUAUGACGAGGAAUUUCUGGAUGAGUUCAAAGAUAUUCCUGACCCUAGAGAUGCUCCCAUAGAACUUCUAAAUAUUUAUCUUGAUAUUUUGGAUGAUUUAGGGCCUUGGGGUGCUAAUACAGCUGCCAUAAAUAUUCUUUCAAAAAUAGAAAAGUUAAAAAUAAAAACCCCUUAUGAAAGGCAUUUUCUAUUAUUAUGCACAGCAUUCACAAAUAUAACACAAACUAGGGGAAUUUGCGAUGAUACAUUUAAACAUUAUGAUACAGAGAUAAGUAAAAUAAAUAACUACUCUACGUCUAAAGUUCUGAAAAUGAUUCAUGUGCUUCGACAAUUUAAGCCAGCUGGUGAAAAACCAAAAAUUAUUGAAGAAGAAAACUUACCUGAAAAUUUCCCAGGAAAUUUCAAAAGGGGCAAAGGAAAACCUAAGAGGCAAUUUCAGAAGGUACAAAUGGCUGACUUGUGUGCCCUGAUAUUUGUCAAUAAUAGGUAUAAGGCUAAAGCCAUCUUCGGGCUACUUUGUAGUCUAUCUCAAGCAGAUGAUGAUUUUUGGUGGAUAUCAGCACUUUUCGCUGUGGAUAAAGUAGCUGAUAUUUCUAGAGAGCCUAGAGAAGCAGAACAGGAACAUAAAAUCCAAGAAGAAGUCUUAAGAAAAUUCAGGUGCCAUGAAUGUAAUAUUUUAGUAUCCACUAGUAUUUUGGAACAAGGCUGUGAUCUUCCAAAGUGCAAUUUGGUAAUCAGAUUUGAUCUACCCCAAACAUUCCAUAGUUAUAUCCAUAGCAAAGCCCGGGCUAGAGCUGCAGAAGCCCAUUUUAUACUUUUCUCCAAUGAGAUGGAUGUUGACACAUUUGUUGAUAAUUUGGCUGAGUAUAAUGAAAUUGAAAAUACGCUUUUACAAAGAUGCCAAAGCUUGGAGCCAGAUAAGGCGGAAGAGCUCUUAGCUGAUAAUUAUUCAUCCUGCUGCGAACCUUAUCACCCUUUGGGAGAUGAAGGUUCUCCAAGUGUAACAUUAUUCAAUUCUAUUGCGUUAAUAAAUCGAUAUUGUGCUAAACUUCCCAGCGACAGUUUUACCAGGUUGACACCUAUUUGGCAUGAAGAAAAAUUAUCAGAAGGAUGGAUUUGCCAUAUUCGAUUACCAAUCAAUAGUCCAGUAAAACAAACAAUUACAAGUUCUCCAAUGCCAAAUGCUCUACUUUCAAGAAGAGCUGCUGCUUUUCUGCUAUGCCAACACUUACAUAAAGUAGGAGAGCUGGAUAAUCAGCUCCUACCUAUAAGCAAAGAAAAUUUUGUUCCCUUAGAUGAAGAUUGGAAUACAAUUACUUUGGACGAACAAUUUGAUGAAAAUUCAGAAGUUAGACCAGGAACAACAAAAAGAAGGCAAUACUACUACAAAAAGAUAGCAGAUCCUUUACUGAAUUGUCACCCUAAAAUUGGCGAACCUUCCUAUUUUUAUAAAAUUGUGAUGACAUUAACUUGUCCUUUACCAGAAGAACAAAACACUCGCGGUAGGAGAAUUUAUCCUCCCGAGGAAUCUGUUCAGGGAUUUGGAAUUUUAACAAGCAGAGAAAUUCCCAAGAUUAGUGCUUUUCCAAUAUUCACUCGCUCAGGUGAAGUUAGUGUAGAGUUAACUCUUUGUUCUAAAGAAGUUGUAAUAGAUAAAGAACAAACACAUAAAAUUCAAGAAUUUGUAAAUUAUACAUUUACAAGUGUAUUGAGGCUUCAAAAAUAUUUGAUGUUAUUUGAACCAGGUUGCUCUUUGAAAAAUUAUCUGAUUGUGCCAACAAUUGACACACAAAAUGGUAUAGAAGUUGAUUGGAAUUUCAUAGAUAUAAUUUACCAGAGUUUAAAUUUUAUUCCUAAACAUAUUGAGGACAAGGAUCGGACAGAUUAUAAAUUUAACACUGAAGAAUACAGGGACGCUGUUGUAAUGCCUUGGUACAGAAAUCAGGAUCAACCUCAGUAUUUUUAUGUAGCGGAAAUUUGUUCCUUCUUAAAUCCAAAAUCAGCAUUUCCAGGGUCAGAAUAUAAGUCAUUCGAAGACUAUUAUUUUCGAAAAUAUGGCAUUCAAAUUCAAAAUAAGCAACAAUAUUUGUUAGAUGUAGACCAUACAUCUGCCAGACUCAAUUUCCUAACUCCUCGAUAUGUGAAUCGGAAGGGGGUUGCUUUGCCGACAAGCAGCGAAGAGACUAAAAAAGCCAAAAGGGAAAAUCUUGAACAAAAGCAAAUUUUGGUUCCAGAACUUUGUGCAAUUCAUCCUUUUCCAGCAUCUCUUUGGAGAAAAGCUGUAGCUUUGCCAUGUAUUCUUUAUCGGAUAAACGCUUUAUUACUUGGUGACCAGAUAAGAAGAACUGUGGCCAUUGACCUCGGUCUGGGAAGGUUAGAGCUAGAAGAAGAUUUUAAAUGGCCACCUUUAAAUUUUGGAUGGAAUUUAUCCGACGUAUUAAAGAAAUCUAAAGAAGAAGAAAAGCGAAAACAAGAAGAAUUGAAAAUUUUAAAUGAAUCACUUAAAUUAACAGAAAUAAAAUCCGCUGUGGCGGCAUGCAAUGAUGCAUGUUCCGAUAAUGAAAAUGAAAUAAAUAAUUGGGGACUAGAAAUAGGAACAUGGUCGAACGAUAUGGCUGGAGGUGAAUGUGAAUCUUUGGUGAGAUAUGGUUCACCGAAUGCCUGGCAGGACGAUUGCUCUUAUGGGUCGGACUAUAAUUCGAUUUCUGAAACUGAGGAUUCAGAAAAUGAAUGGGGAGGUCUCAGAAUAGAAUUCACUGGUGAUCACCAAGCUGAAGCUGUGGAUGAUGAUAUUGUUUCAGAAGAAUCCUUCAAGCUUGUGGAAGAUUCUCAUGCUUGGCAAAUAGUUGAUAAUAGCUCAGAAACGGAAGAAUUGAGAGCUAGUUUCAGAGAAGCAUGUGCUAAAAAUAGAGACCAUAUUUUGUCUAGUGGGAUUUUAAUAAAAAAUAACGAAGAAUUUUAUAAAGAUUCUAAUAAAACUUCGAAUGAAAUCAGUAUUCCAAUAAAAGAUCUUGAACAUUUUGACACCAGCAAGUUAUACAUUGGUAAUGUUACUUUGGAACGGAUUGCAGAAAUCCCGUCAACGCCAUUUCGUAAUGAAUAUGAAUUUUCGGAUAAAUUGAAUUUCAGUUUUGAUUUUCAACCAAAUCUCAGUACUCAUCCUGGUCCAAGCCCAAACCUACUUCUUCAAGCCCUAACUAUGUCAAACGCAAAUGACGGCAUCAAUCUUGAAAGACUAGAAACUAUUGGGGACUCGUUUUUGAAAUAUGCAAUCACAAACUAUUUAUACUCAAAAUAUGAGCAUGUCCAUGAAGGAAAAUUGAGUCAUUUAAGAUCCAAACAAGUUAGUAACUUGAACUUGUAUAAAUUAGGAAAAUGCAGGGGUCUGGGAGAAUAUAUGAUUGCAACAAAAUUUGACCCACAUGAUAAUUGGUUGCCUCCAUGCUUUUAUGUACCAAAACAACUCGAAGAUGCACUAAUCGAUGCUCAAUUUCCAGCUAAUUGCUGGACUGUAGCUGAUAUGGCUGCCACAAGAAAUAUGACUAUCGAAGCUAUUUGUUCAAUGGUCAAAGAAAGAAGUGUAAAUACCAUGCCCACCAUCAUUCCUUAUAAUUUAGUUACACAACAUAGCAUUCCAGAUAAAAGUAUAGCCGAUUGUGUUGAAGCUCUAAUAGGAGCCUACCUCAUUGAAUGCGGACCUAGAGGAGCCUUACUUUUUAUGGCUUGGCUUGGUAUCCGAGUUUUACCAAAGAAUGAUGAUGGAUCUUAUGGAGAGGUGGACAUUCCAAAAUCACCUCUUCUGAGACACGUCUCAAAUGCAGAAGACGAGCUUAUCAAACUUCUUGAUGGGUUUGAUGUGUUUGAAAAACGCAUAUGCUACAAAUUCCGAGACCGAUCAUACUUACUCCAAUCAAUGACCCAUGCGUCCUACAUUCCAAACCAACUUACUGAUUGUUAUCAACGACUAGAAUUCCUUGGGGAUGCUGUAUUAGAUUACCUUAUUACUAGACACUUAUAUGAGGAUCCUAGAAUGCAUUCACCCGGGGCAUUAACUGAUUUACGGUCAGCGUUGGUUAAUAAUACUAUUUUCGCGUCAUUGGCAGUACGAAACGGUUUUCAUAAGUACUUCAGACAUUCAUCUCCUGGACUGAAUGAAGUGAUUGAGAGAUUUAUUAGAUUGCAAGAAGAAAGUGGACAUUCGAUUUUGGACGAGCUUUAUUUGGUUGUUGAAAGUGAAUGUGAAGAGGUUGAGGAUGUUGAGGUUCCCAAAGCACUCGGUGAUGUAUUCGAAUCAGUGGCCGGAGCAAUUUUUCUAGAUUCCGGCAUGUCGUUGGACUGCGUAUGGGAAGUUUACUAUAACAUGAUGAAAGCAGAAAUCGAACAAUUUUCAAACCGAGUUCCAAAAUCUCCGAUUCGGGAACUCUUGGAAUUGGAACCUGAAACUGCGAAAUUCGGAAGACCGGAAAAAUUAGCUGAUGGUAGAAGAGUAAGGGUGACUGUGGAAGUAUUUGGUAAGGGUACGUUCAAAGGGAUAGGUCGAAAUUAUCGAAUCGCUAAAUGCACAGCUGCUAAAUGUGCAUUGAAAAAUCUUAAAAAAAUUGGAUCUGCAAGACUGUCUCGUACCAACCUGAAAUAGAAUUUUACACAUUUGUACCCAGGUAACUAGAUAACCAGUUGCGUCUAAAGCACGUUGUAUGCAAUAGUAAAAAUGAGGUAAGAUUACGUCAUAAAUUUGUCCAUGUCGUAUUUGGAAUACCUUUGAUAUAGUUAUUGAGAAUAACACUGACAAUAUAAAAAGGUGGGUUUUGGAAAAUUUAACCAAUCAUAUUUUAUACAAGGCACAUGAAAUUAUUGUAGGUGUAUAAGUAGAUGAACAAUUCAUAUUCUCACAACAAUUUCAUAAAGAAACUUUGGUUUUGGAGUAGGAGGAGAGAAUUCAUAAAUCUCUCAAUAAAUAGUAAUUUCUCCUUGUGAGAAUCCUGUGUUAAAUAAACACAGAAUAGAUAUGGACAUCAAUAAAUAAUAUGAAGGACAUUAAAGGGUAUGAAUUAUUAAUCUAGUAAUAGCCAAAUAUUCAAGACGGGACCAUAACGAUAUUUUAACGAAAGAUCAUUGGUUGAGAUGUAGUCGGAGGGUCAUGUAUGUGCUACUUCGGUAUUUAAAAACUGAUAUGACAUAAUUAGGCCGUUAGAAAGUCGUCGUUCAGACGUCUUUAGUGUAACGACAUCCGUCCAAAACAUGUUGUCGCUACAAAAACGUAUUUUGGACAUAAGACAUACAAAACUGUUCUUAAUCAGACGUCCUUCUGAUGACAUACUGGUGUGUGGUUAGCUGGGUAUAAAAUUUUAUAUUUAUGUUUUGUUCGUUUUCUUAGCUAUAAGUAGAAAUCGAGGCUCUUCUUUUGAGAGCAAAAUUAUUUUGGGUAGUUUAAGUUACUUAGUUUAUAAAAACUCUCCUAGGGUAUUUGUUGAUUUGAAAAACUCUAAAAGUUUGAAUAUCGAUCAAGAAAACAAAUAUAUCUUAUCUGAUACUAGGUACUUUGAGUACUUGACUACUGAUAUGAGUACAAUUUACUCAAGUACUGCCCAGAUCUACAAUAAUUUGACCAAUGAUGAUUUUUUUUAUGCCUCUCUGUCUGACAGAUUUGUUUAAUUUUUAAUUGAAAUGACAUUUUGAUAUACAAUAUUAUGUGAUUACAAUAAUGCAUAUUUUCACUAGUUUUUUCCUAAAUUUUUAAUGAUUAUAUAUAUGUAAUAAUUAUCGGUUUAUAACGUUCUACGUCUUCCGAUUCCCGAUCUCCAACCAUCUUUGUUAAUCCAGGCAUCCUCCUCUAAGCCUCUGUCUCUCGUUUCUUCCUUAUCCUUUAUGUUAUCUACUAUUGUGUGUUUUAGGUCCAUAAUCUCUCUAAUUCCCAGAUUUGUUAUUCUUUCUAUUUUUGACCUGUCUGCUGCUCUCCUCCAAAAUUCCAUUUCAGUAGCUUCCAGCAUUUUUGCGAUUCUAUUCUUCAUUGGCCAGACCUCUGAACUAUAUGUGACUAUGCUUUCGACUAUGGUGUUGUAUUUUCUAGUUUUGUUAGUUUUGUUGAUAUUUUGGUCUCACAGUACUCCAUUUAGUAGGGAUAUUGCCUUGCGUCCUUAAAUAUUCCGAUCUUUAAUUGCUUCGUCUAGAGUUCCCUCAUGCGAGAUUUCUAUUCCCAAGUUUUUGUAUUCAGUACAUUGUUUUAUUUCUUGUCCGUUAUACAAUUUCAGACUUCAUUGUUCACCUCCUACAGUUCUGGUUUAGUUAGAUGUACUUCCAUACCCGAUUUCUCGUAUUCCUCUAUCAAUUUACGCGUCAUGUACUCUUAAGUCAUCAUAAUCCUGUGCAAUUGAUACUUGGUCAUCCAAAGCAAGCAAAGCUUAGAGUAUAUACAGAUUGUAUGAGUAUAUACAGGGUGUCCCAAAAAGAUACCGACAAACUUUAAGGGGUAGUAGGGGACAUCAAAACAAGCAAUUUUGUUUAUAUAAACAUAUGUCCGCAAGUGAGUCAUUUGGGCUAUAGAGCAAAAAAACUGUUUGGUACUUUUAUUCUCCGCAACUCACUGUUUACUUAUUAAUUUUGCUUUAUUAACCAAUAAAUUAUGGUUUACAAUAAUUGUUCAAAAUGUUGACCAUUUACUUCAAUGCAAAGAUUGCACCGUCGGGUCAUUGACUGAAAAGUUUAGUCUACGAAACACCUGUUCGUAAUGAGGAAGAUCUGUUAGCAAGGAUACUGGCGAGUUGUACCCUUGUAGAAGCUAUUUCUGGAAUAUUCCAAUGACCCGACGGUGCAAUCUUUAAAUUGAAGUAGAUGGUCAACAUUUUGAACAAUUAAUCAUUUGUCAAUAAAGCAAAAUUAAUGAGUAAACAGUGAUUUAAUUAUUCCGAAGAAUAAAAGUACCAAAUAGUUUUUUGGAUCUACAGCCCAAAUGACUCAUUUGCGGCCAUAUGUUUAUAUAAACAAAAAUGCUUGUUUUAAUGUCCCCUACUACCCCUUGAAGUUUGUCGGUAUCUUUUUGGGACACCCUGUAUAGAUUGUAUUCAUUGGGCGGUAUGUCUGCAUUUGUUUUUCCACCCCUUAAGUGCUUUUUCUAAGUAUAUUUUAAAAAUUGAUUGUACUCGUUCUCCAUUUUGGCUUUUAUAACUUAUCCAUACACUCCGCUCAACAUAUUUGUUACUGCAACUCCUCGGUGGUUCUCGCAUUUAUUUCUGUCUCCUUCCUUAUCUUAUAUCAUUGUUGAAUAACUUAUUUUCCACUCUUCCGCUACUUCAUGUUUGUCUAUGCAUCUUUGGAAUAGUUUUGUUAAAUGUUUGUAGAGUUUAUUAGUCCUAUACUUUAUCACUUCUCCAUAUAUUUCUCCUGGGCCUGGCCUUCUUUCAUAGCUCUUAUUGGUAAUCCUGUAGUUUUUAUGUUUUGCGUCUGUUUUUUUUCUUCUUUAAACUCUGCCCGUUGUUCUCUGUCAGUAAUUCUUCAAAGUACUCUUCUCAUUGCUGGGGUGUAAUUGUAUCGAUAAUAUCCUUGGUUUUUGUUUUCCUCAUGUUUUUCAGUAAUUUCCAACUUUCUGUGUUUCUUCUACCUCCCAGAUAAGUAUUAAUUAUGUGCACAGUUUCUUUCUCAUGACUCGUUUUUUUUUCUGUACUUUUUUAUUCCGUACCCUUGCUUGUGCUUCUUUUAAUGAUUCUCAUUGGGUUAUUUAUAACAAGCAAGAACAUCGAUUUGAUUGGGUUCUGUUAUGUGAUCGCUUUUAUAAUUUUUCAGGGAUAAAAGAUAAAUCAAACUAUGUAUGAACAUAUUUAAAUUAAUAAUGUAAUUUAAUAUUUAAUAAGGCUGUGAAAAGUAUAAUUGAAUAAAGAUUUUUGUCUUCAAAGCAAAAUAUUAGUUGGAAUCAUCAAUCGUAUUGGAUCCAAAUAAGUUUUUUUUUAAAAGUAUUAUGUAGGUAUUAAGGCUGGCCUCACACAGCCGGAAUGUCUUUCUGAAUUCAGGAACAAAAUUCAGGAUCUGAAUUCCGGCACAUUGCCGCACACAUAUCUUUAAAAUUCCGUGACCAGUAUUCUCAUAGUUUGCGGCAUCUUUUGAGCGGUGUUGAUUGGAAGGGAAGAAUCAGAAUUUGAAUUCCGUCUGUGUGAGCUUGUAUAUUUGACACAUAUCGAAAAACAUGCGUUAUGAAUUAUAAUCUUAAUUUUUCCGAUUCGGAAUUCAUAACGCUCGUCGGGCCGGCCUCACACAGCCGGAAUGUCUUUCUGAAUUCAGAAACGGAAUUCCUAAUCUGAAUUCAGAACCUAAGGCAUUGUUCAUUUUUUUAUUAUACAGCACACACAUUUUGAUUUUUUCAGAUUAUGAAUUUUUCAGAUCCAUCUGCCAGAGUGACUGAUGAGCGUUCUGAAUUCCGGUUCUGAAAAAUUAGGAUUAUGAAUUCAUAACGCAUGUUUUUUUGGGUAAUUCAAAUAUACAAGCUCACAUAACUGGAAUUCAGAUUCUGAUUGAUUGUAUAAUUCAGUAGAGAUGGUGCAUGGAAGACUAUGAGACCUGUUGUUGCGAUGUGUCUGUGUGAUACAGAAAAUCUUAUUUUAUGCGUAGAGAGUCGUCCUUGUAUAUGGGACUCUUCCUUGGAGGAGUACCAUGACAGGGAAAACAAAGACUUAGCUUGGCUGCAGAUAAAUACUAUUUUAAUUCCAAAUUGGGAUACAUUAAAUGACGGUAGUAAUCAAAAAUCAAUCAGCAUACUGCCGUAAUUGAAGUAAUGUGGUACUGGCUCUCUCUUAUUCUGUUUAAAUUAAUAGGGUGAAACCAGUAUAUCCGGAAUUUUCAAGAUAUUAUUAUGUGUGCGGCAAUGUGCCGGAAUUCAAAUUUUGAAUUCUGUUUCUGACUUCAGAAAGACAUUCCGGCUGUAUGAGGCCGGUCUGACACUAAAAGUUUUUAUACCUAUAGGUUUUGCGUCUUUUCAAAUACCUCUACUUUGUUUAUUAAAAUUAGACCAGUUGUAACCACAAAAAAAAAAACAGCAUUAAGAAGUAUUGAAAAUAGUUCAGUGAUAUUUUUGUAGGUGAAUAUACCUAAGUAUUAUUUUAGAAUAAAUUUAAUGAGGCUGUGAAAAAAAUAACGAUUUUUUUCUUCAAAAAUGAUGGAAAAUUGUAAGUUGGGGAAACAUCCAUCCUAUUGCAUCCUUUUGUUUACAUGUGGAUAUUAUUAUCUAGUAUUGUAAUACUGUUUGUAGAUUUAUCUAUUUCUAUUUUUUUUCCCACAUUUGGUAAUAUUUUGCUAGUAUUUUGUGAUGAUUUGUUUUGUGAAAAUUGUUAUUGAUAAAUAAAAGGCAAGUAGAAUUA